AUGUUUCGAUUUAAUGAUGAUGAUUUUCGUCGUUUUCUAUCAAGAGUUACAAUUACUAAAUUUAUUGUAUUUGUUUUUGGAAUUGUUAUUGCAUUAUUUAUUAUUUAUUAUUUAUUAUUUCGUGAAAAUCAACCAAAACCAAUAUUUAUAUUUAUAAAUAAGAAUUCUUCAUAUGAACGAAAAGAUCUUUAUGUACAAUCUAUUGUAGCUAAUGAUAAAUUAAUUCCAGAUUAUAUAACUAAAAUAUCCGAUAAAGCUCAAUUACCAACAACAUGUUUAGUUAUUAUUCGUACAGCUGAUGGAGGUAUUGGAAAUCGAAUGUUUUUAUUUGCUAGUGCUUAUGGUUUUGCUCGUCUUCAUCAAUGUGAUCUUUAUGUUGCUUCAUGGAUUGUAAAAGAUCUUCGUUCGAUAUUUACUAUUAAUUUAAAUGAUACACCCGUACAUUUAAUAAAAAAUGAUUCAGUUCUUAAUCAAACUGGAAUAUAUGGACGAUAUAGUGCAUGUACUUUAUAUAAUGAUUUGUUAAAAGUUCCAUUAAAUCAAAAUUUAACUCGAUAUGAAAUGAUUGGAUUUUAUCAAUCAUUUGGAUAUUUUAUUAAGUAUAAAGAAGAAAUAUCAUAUUUAUAUCAAUUUAAUCAAGCCGCAAUUGUGAGAAAUGUGGCAUUAGUUGAACAACUUCUUCAAGUUGUUUGGAAUAUUCCAUUAAAUCUCGGUAAUUAUACGAAAGAUAAUGUGACUCAUCAUUAUUUGAAAUCUCUCUUAACUCGUCCACCAACUCCAUUAAUACCUGUAACAUGGAUUGGAAUUCAUAUACGUCGUGGUGAUUUUUUAACAUUUUUUAAAAUUGAUACAAGUAUUGGAUAUUUAAAUUUUGCAAUGAAUUAUUAUCGUCGAAAAUAUAUUAAUUGUCGUUUCUUAAUAGCUAGUGAUGAUAAAACUUAUGCUAAAACACAUCUAGGAAAUAACUCGGAUGUUUUUAUAACUCCAACAUCUUUUCAUUCAGGAGAAGAUUUAGCUGCAUUAGUUUUAUGUGAACACACAAUUGUUACAGCAGGUAGUUUUGGUUGGUGGGCAGGAUGGCUAGCUGGUGGAAAUGUUAUUCAUGAUCUUAAUUAUCCUGUAUCAUGGCAAAAUUGUAUACGAGAACAUUAUUUUCCACCUUGGUUUCUUUUUCCACAUAAUACUUCCAGUCAAUUAUGA